AUGAUCGCAUACCAGGACCUCUCGUAAUACAGGACUUUCACAUGUUCAUAGCGCACUGUCGCAUGCCUGCAUGCAUUAUACUGAUUCUGUACCUGCUACUUCACAACCAGUCUCGGAAGCUCAAUCUACCUAGCUACGGAACGUUAAUUACCCCACCACCUUGUGAGCAUCGUAAACGUGAAGGCAUCGCGACUGAUUGCAGGAAUUCCGACACAAUUCAAGUCCAAAACCUCUCACGUACACCUGACUUAUCUUUUACGUCCGACCAGUUGCAAUUCAAAUCGCUUUUUCUUCAAUCAUAAGCUACCUUCUACCUUUCUUCAGCUACCUAGGUACUCACCUUCACCCCACUUUCUUGUCCCCAGCUACUCAACUUCACCUCACUUUCUUGUCCCCAGCUACUCAACUUCACCUUACCUUUGUGUCCCCAGCAUGCUGGUCUUCUCUCUUACUUUACUGUCUUGGCACGCCUAUAUAAAUAUCCACCUCUUCGCCCUCUUCUGACUUCCUCUACCCCUCCACCUCUCCUCCUCCAUCUCUUUUCCUCUUCCACCCCCGACACCUCUCCAGCGAUUUGGAACGCUACUCCACUCUCAAUACCUCCUGCAUUCCCAACACCCCUCCAGCGAUCUCGCGCGCUUCUCCAUUCUCAAAGCCUGUUCCAUCACAAAUACUUCAUCUCCACCCGUCAAGGAUUUAUCUGCUUCAACUGCACUAGCCAUAUCUUCGCAAAGGCCACAUCUCCAUCCACCCUAGCACAUCAACAUCAGAUCAACACAAUGGAACAUGAGCAGUCACCAGGCCCAGGCGAUCCCACCGACGAGCUUUUGAUCAAGGGAGGAAAGUUGUUCGCUAAGAUUUCCAAAGGCGAGAACAUCCCAGAUGGCGAUCUACCCGUGGUGGCACAGUUUAUGAAGACGCUCUUUGGGUUCGAAAAUGCGCCCCCGACCAACAUCGUCCGCAAGAUCAAUGAGUCCACAAAUGAAUUGAAGAAGCCGGUGUACAUGUCAGCCUAUCUCUGGAAGUUUGGAAAGGAGGAGUCAAUCCUCGUGAAGAGGAAGAGGAAGAGGAAUGAAGGCGAUGACGGCGAUGCGGAUAGGACAAAGGACGACAAGUGGGAGAGGGAAAACAGGGAGCUGAUGAAAGCCAUUGCCGCACAUGCUAGGCUGGUGGACGAACAACUCAAACAGAUGAGGCAGUCAAACUAA